CUCUUCCUUCUAACUUCUAACCUUAUCUUACUCUCUCUUUAUUUUCUAAGCAAUAAGAAAAGACAACAAAGCUUCUUAAACAAAACAGAAUUUUCCAACAGUUCCAAUUUUCAAGGGGGAGAGAAGAGAAAAGGGAAGGCAAAUGGGAGUAGGAACUAGCACUUUUAUUAUCAAAUGGAUCAACUUUAUCACCAUGCUUUUGGCAAUAGCAGUUAUAGUAUUUGGGAUGUGGAUGAGCAAUCAUCAUGAUGGAUGCAGAAAGUCUCUUACUGUUCCUAUGAUCGGCCUUGGAGCAUUCAUUUUCUUCAUAUCCGUGAUUGGCUUCAUAGGCGCUCUGAAAAGAAGCUCCAUACUGUUAUGGAUUUAUCUAAUCAUGCUGUGUUUCAUCUUGGUGGGAAUCCUGAUCUUCACAGUGCUGGCGUUCAUUGUGACUAAUAAUGGAUCAGGUCAUAGUGUGGCUGGCUUGAGGUAUAAGGAAUAUCAACUCCAAGAUUAUAGUCCAUGGUUUCUCAAGCAAAUUAACAAUUCUCAUAACUGGGAGCACUUGAGGGGUUGCCUAGUCAAAUCUGAAGACUGCAGUAUACUUUCCAAGAAAUACAAGACUCUUAAACAAUAUAAAUCAGCUAAAUUGACCCCAAUUGAAGCUGGUUGCUGCGGACCACCUUCUGAAUGUGGAUAUCCUGCUGUAAAUGCAUCGUACUAUGAUUUGACCUUUCACCCAAUUAGCUCCAACAUUGACUGCAAGCUGUACAAAAAUUCUCGUGCCAUCAAAUGCUAUGAUUGUGAUUCAUGCAAGGCUGGCGUGGCACAAUACAUGAAAACUGAGUGGAGAGUUGUUGCAAUCUUUAAUGUUGCUUUAUUUCUUGUCUUGUCAAUUAUAUACUUUGUGGGAUGCUGUGCACGACGAAGUGCUGCCAGGAACCAACAUUCAAAAGCUUGAUAGUAGGCCUGGAUCUCAUGCACUCGCUUAAAUUCAUUUUUGUAGCCGUUUGUAGUCACUUGUGUAGUUCAUGUAAGCACCUUAGCUUAUACAUUAUAUUAUUCAAUCAAUGAGGGCACAACUUCAAAUUUGCAAACCAAGGAUUACCAUAAGUUGCUUCUCU